AGCACAAACUUCCUAAAAUAUCCAAGUAACUGGAAACUGAACUGAAGGAGCCGCAAUGGCUGCCGUUCACCCGAUCACUCGACAGAUCAGUAGUUCGGUUCAGGACAACAAACAAGCUUCACACAACAUCUGCCUCUCUGAGCUCAAAAACUGCUUCAUAUUCGAUCGACAUGGCGAUAAGAAAUCCUUCAGCAGUUUGUUUGAACACAACAAAGCAAUCGUCAUUUUCGUGAGGCACUUCUUAUGUUACACAUGUAAGGAAUAUGUGGAAGAUUUGGGUAAAAUACCUCAGCAUGUGUUGCAGGACUCAAAUGUCAGAUUGGUAGUGAUAGGACAGUCUUCAUACUCUCAUAUACAGGGUUUCUGCUCUCUGACAGGCUUUCCUCAUGAAAUAUAUGUCGAUCCUGAACGACAAAUCUACAAACGGCUUGGAUUGAGAAGAGGAGAAACAUACAUGGAGACACCAUCCGUCAGUCCUCAUGUGAAGUCCAGCAUGCUUUCUGGGAGUCUGAAAAGUGUGUGGCGUGCAAUGACCAGCCCUGUGUUUGACUUCCAAGGAGACCCUCAGCAGCAAGGUGGAGCUCUUAUUGUAGGCCCAGGUCCUGAUGUUCAUUUUGCCCAUUUUGACAUGAACCGGUUGGACCACAUGCCUAUCAACUGGCUGCUGCAGUUAGCGGGACUUCCAGCGCUGGACUUCAGUGAUUCCCCCAAAAUCAUUAAUAUCUGAACUGUAGCUGUGAUAAUGCAAUGCUGGCUUUUGUUUGAACUCUAUAAUUGCUCAAAAUUGUGGCUUAAGAUAUACACAGCGGGUAAAAUAAGUAUUGAACACAUUGUAAAUAUUGGGAAUAAUAUUUCUAAAGGAGCUGUUGAGAUGGAAUUGAAGCAGAUUUUGGUAGAACACAAACAAUACAAACAUAAACAUAAAACAAAAC